AUGGCUGCUUAUGUUCAUCGUCAUUUACGAUCCAAAUUCCAUGAUCUUGUUCAUUUGAUCAAGUUGCUGCGUGUUUAUGGAUUGAGAUUUCGAGUUAGGGCUUUUUUGAUGGCGUUAUUCGUGGUUUCUAGUCCUUGGAUUGGAUCAACGAUAAGGGGAGAGUAUAAUUUCGUGGUUUUCAAUCAAGGAGAUGAUCAUCGUGUUGAAUUCAUAAACGAUAAUUCAAUCGAACUCGAAGUCUUUCUGAUGUUGUUUCAGAAUUUGACAAACGAAGGGGUUUUGGGGAUGCAUGAUAAGGGUUUGAUCGUUAACAAUGACGACGAGGAUGAAAAGUUGGUCGAUUAUUAUCCGUCGAUCGAUUUCAUCUCGUACGUUGAUCUAGAACACAAACACGCAAGCCACGAUUACGACUUCGUUUUUACGCAUGAAAGCGUAGAAUCGGUCGACAAGUUUCUGAAACUCGAUGGCAUUAUGGUGGUCCAGAAAAAGGGUGCGAUAAAAGACUCUGAAUCGUUACAAAAACCCUCAAACUACGAAACCCUAUUCGUAAAACAGCUCGAAUUACCAACGACAACCGAGAUGAUCACGAUCAUCGCUAUGAAGAAAACAAGAACAGUCGGGGAUCACGAUAAGAACAAGAACGAGGUUGGUAGCAACACGAACAUUCCACACAGACGUCUCAUGUUCGAACAAAAGAAAGCAGAAGCGAUCAAGAAUAUCGAAAACGUUGUCUUGGAACCGCCAAGAACAAUUUCGGGGAAAUCGAGCAUAUACUUCAAGAAAACACGUUAUCUUCCGGAUUUGAUGGAUGAUUCGUUUCUCGAAGAGUACCCACGAAGAGUUUUCAUCGAUGUCAAUGGAGAUAGCACGGUGUGGUUCACUAAAAACUACCCAACAAAAAACAAGAACUUCGAGAUCUUUAAACUGGAAACGACGAUACCUGAAACGGGUACGAAAGAAGACGUGGAAGACGACGUCGAAGGCGCGUUUGUGGAGACGGAGAUAACGGAUUGGUUACGAGAGAAUGUGAAGAAAGAUGAAUAUGUGGUGAUGAGAGGGGAAGCAGAAGUGGUUGAAGAGCUGAUAAAAUCAAAGGCAAUAGGGUUAGUAGAUGAGUUGUUUUUGGAGUGUAAGUAUCAAGGGAUAAAGUGUCAAAAAUGCAGAAGACCAUAUUGGAAAUGCUUAGCUUUGUAUGGUUUAUUGAAAGAUGCAGGUGUUGCAGUGCAUCAAUGGUGGGGAUGA